AUGCAUGUUCCUGAAUCGCAGCGACCGUUCCUAGAAAGUGUACAGGAAGCACUUCGCCGCUAUGAUGCGCAGUUGAAGGAUAUCAACCAUAAGAUUUGGUCCAACCCCGAGCUCGCCUAUAAAGAAUAUCAGGCGCACGAUCAUAUCUGUGAGCUCUUUAGCAGCUUCAAAUCAAGCAGCUAUCAGGUUCGCCCAAGGGCUUAUGGCUUGGAGACUGCGCUCGAGGUCGAGUACACCCACGGAAGUGGUGGGCGCGUCGUCGUGUUUAACGCGGAGUAUGAUGCUCUUCCGGGCAUAGGCCAUGCUUGUGGUCACAACUUGAUCGCUACCAGCUCUAUCGCGGCUUUCAUUGCCACGUGCGAGGCAAUGAAGGCGCAGGCGCAGUCUUCUGGAGUUCCUGGAUUCACAGUCCGCCUCCUGGGUACUCCCGCGGAAGAAUCUGGCGGCGGGAAGGUCAAGCUAAUCGACGCGGGGGCCUACAAAAAUGUAGAUGCAUGUCUGAUGGUGCAUCCUGUUCCCAUGGUCCCCAGUAGUCCGGAAUUGCUGAGCAUGGCGACCGUCGUUCAAGGGGGGUUCCUCGCCAAUGAUAAAGUCACCAUUACGUUCACUGGAAAGCCGGCCCACGCCGCUGCAGCUCCUUGGGAAGGUAUCAAUGCCCUUGAUGCGGUGGUUUCUGCGUAUGUGAAUGUCUCUCUCCUCCGUCAACAGAUUCUACCCUCUCAGAAGAUUCACGGUGUCAUCGUACAUGGAGGCGAUCGGCCUAACAUAAUACCCAUGUCUGCGACUGUGGAUUAUUAUAUUCGUUCUCCGACCAAACAGUCGUUGAAAACCCUGACAGAGAGGGUGGUUAAGUGCUUCGAGGCCGCUGCCACUGCUACUGGGUGUAAAGUGGAGUUUGACUGGGGUAUUUCUUAUGAUGAUCUUAAAAGUAAUAUACCGAUCUGCGAGAGCUAUGUCUCAGCAAUGCGGGCAAUGGGCCACCAUACGUUGCUUGAUAACUCUCAACAGAAAGGCGCGCUUGCAGGAGCGUCUACUGAUAUGGGCAACGUAUCGUAUGUUGUGCCUGGAUUCCACGGCAUUUUCUGUAUCCCAGCAGAGGGUGUGAAUCACACUCCCCAAUUCACAAGCGGGGCUGGUUCACCCGAAGGAUUCGAAAGGGCUAUCGCUUGUGCCGCUGGUAUGGCUGUCGUCGGUUGCCAGAUGUUGGUGGAUGACCAGUUUGCCGAGGCAGUGAAGAAUGAUUUCCAGCAUGAAUGA